AUCGGGCGAGAUGAACCGGAUGAAUUGGCCAUUUUAAGAUUAUGACCUAUUAUUAACAAUUUUAUUUCCAUUUAUUUAUUCCAUUUAUUGUUAUGAUCAGAUGUGUCGAUUAGUACAAUUAAACAAUCACUUAUAAAUCGUGAUUUAAAGAAACAAUCGAAGAUAAUACUAAACAAGAAACGAAAAUGGUUUCCUUUGCAGAUAUGGUUAAAAAAAGUUUGAUGGAUUUUAUUCAGCCCAAUAAAACAAGUUCUAUAGCAAUUUAUUCUUAAGAUAAAAUGAAAUCGAACGAGGAAACCAAAGUCCUUCUCCAAAACAUUAUUAGACCUGAUCAACAGAAUAAGCACGUGAGAGGCUUGCGUAAGACUAGAAACGGUGGUGUUAUCAUUGGUACGUAUGCCAAAGAAGACAUCGAAAAAUUAAAGCAAUCCGCGAAGAAACUGAAGAUCUCUGGUUUUGCUAUUGGUGAGCUACAUAAGUGCAAACCCAGAUUAAUGGUAAUCGGAGCGCCGUCAUCGAUGCAAGAAACUGAAGUCUUUAACAUAAUUUUUCAUCAAAACCUUGCAGACGAAAAUCCAGGCAUGACAGUCGAUACAUUUUUAAUUUCUAUUGCUCUUAGUCAUAAGUCCGGAAAGAAAGACGCUGAGACCUGCAAUUAUGUAAUCAAAGUUCCUGCACAAAUACGCAAGGCCUUAAUAACCAAGGACGUGCCCUGUAAGAGACUUCACUUUUGUAAGCAAAUGACAUCAAUACGAUAAUGCAGCCAAAACAUGCUGGGAAGAGGUCAACAUAUGUGAUUAUUACGCUGGAGCGGGUCACGCAUUAAAAAACUGCACGAUGGCAGCCAUUCCCCCAAAAUGUGUUACUUACUGCUAUUUCAAAAAGCCUCGCAUGUACAAGACCAGUGAUACUGAAUACCCUGUUAAAAAAAUGACCAAAAAUAGAUAUAAUAAUUAUAUUGAUUAUGAAGACGCCUAAGAAAAAACGCUACAUUAAGUUAUUUUUGAUUAGUACUUUCAUUUUAUUUAUUUUGUAUACUAUGACUUACAAUAUUUUCAAAACAGUUUCAAAAAUAAAAGAUUUAUGCAAUACUGAAUAACCUAGUUUAUAAUUUUGAUUGUUUUUGAGUGUUUAGCAAGCUAUAUUGAUAAUAUACUGAAAUGUAAAAAUAAGUUUCAAUACAUGUAAUACAUAUAAUAUCGCUUGGUUACUUUAGUCACCGAUAUUAUAAUACCUUAACUCAUUAUGAUAUUAUACUUAAUGAAAUACUUUAAGCAUAGUGAUAAUUUUUACAUGACAUACAGGUUAACCUAGUUCAGCAAAAUAUAAAUAUUUUCUCUCUAAUUAAUGUUUUGCAUUUUUAUGUAACAAAAUACAAUUUCAAUAAAUCAUUAAUACAUAUUACAUGUUGCACAACAGUUGUUGCAAAUGGUGAUUUGCCAAUGCGUUAGU